GCGUUGCUCCCACGUGACUGUGGCGAGCGAGGCGUUGCCAAGGGGAAGUGACGUCACGGCGCUACGUUCGCGUUCAGCACAGGAGAUACGAGGCCUGUGAUAAGCUUCUUGCGACGGUGGUCCGCUCUUAAAAUCCACCUCCAUCUUCCUUAUCCUUAGGGAAAAUGGUGACCAAACCGACAGGAGCAUAAUCUACAGACUCUAAGCUUUCGCCUGAUCACGAUAUUGUGACAUUUCGGACUUUUAUAUAUUAGAAAAGGAAUGGUGAAAAGUGAACUCCGUCGGAAGAAUCCGAAUUCUCCUCAGGGAUUCGGGGGGGUUGGGGUCGCGUAAAGAUAUAUAGGAUCGUAGCAGUUAAAUAACGCGUAAAAAAUAUUAGCGUAAGCCCACAUUGGAAAGCCGACAGAAUCUGGUUUAAUAGAAAUUAGCUGAAAUACAUUCGAGUUGACUCGUUCGAGAGAAACCAAUAAACACAGCGAUGGAGCUACGAGUUGGAAACCGAUACAGACUGGGUAGAAAAAUUGGAAGUGGAUCAUUUGGAGACAUUUAUCUGGGCACAGACAUUUCAGUUGGAGAGGAAGUGGCCAUCAAACUGGAAUGUGUGAAGACAAAGCACCCACAGCUCCACAUCGAGAGCAAGAUUUACAAGAUGAUGCAGGGUGGAGUUGGCAUUCCUACUAUAAAGUGGUGUGGUGCAGAAGGAGAUUAUAAUGUGAUGGUGAUGGAGUUGCUCGGCCCCAGUUUGGAGGAUCUCUUCAAUUUCUGCUCCAGGAAGUUCAGCCUGAAGACUGUCCUGCUUUUGGCUGAUCAGAUGAUUAGCCGCAUCGAGUACAUCCACUCCAAGAACUUCAUUCACAGAGACGUGAAGCCUGAUAACUUUCUGAUGGGCUUGGGAAAGAAAGGCAACCUGGUCUACAUCAUUGACUUUGGCCUGGCCAAGAAGUACCGUGAUGCACGAACACACCAGCACAUACCCUAUCGCGAGAAUAAGAACCUGACGGGCACUGCACGUUACGCAUCUAUUAACACACAUCUUGGCAUUGGUAAAAACACACAUUCUUUCCAGUUAGCUUGUAAAUUUGACUGUUACAUGUAUAUUUGUAUGUGUGUAUAUACAUGUGUGUGUGUGAGAGACCCAGAUUUCUUGGCAUAGAAAUCUAGCUGCACG